UUUAAUUUCCAUUAUUUUUAAAGUUUCGCGGUUAUACCCCCAAAUUUCUUUAUCUUCCUCCUCGUCUUCUUUUCCAUUAUAAUUUGUCAAAUCUUUCUUCACUAUAUUGUAUGGCCUCUUGAUCGAUCGCUUCCCGCCUCGAUUUGCUUUGCCUUAACAUCUUCCUCUUCUAUUGAUGGUGAGAUUACAGCACCCUAUGCUUUGAUCGCUGAGUUGUUGUUGGUCUUGAGCUCAAAUCUAAUGGGCUUCGUUUUGGGUAGAUCUAAGCUCAGAUGAAAAGAUUGGAGGGCAUACUUCAUAGUUUGUUUUUAUGUUCUUGUUGUCUUUUGAGAGAUAUAGGAGACAUUUUAGCAAGUUACUCAUGGCUCCAUCAAGAAAGUCUAGAAGUGUGAAUAAGCAAUUUUCAUACGUUAAUGAAGUGUCUUCUAAUAAAAAUGUGGAGAACGCGAGCAAAAACAGGCAAAAGAAGAGGAAGUUGUCUGACAUGUUAGGACCGCAAUGGAGCAAGGAAGAGCUUGAGCGAUUCUAUCGGGCAUAUCGUAAGCAUGGACAGGAUUGGGAAAAGGUGGCUGUUGCAGUGCAUGACCGAUCUGUGGAAAUGGUGGAAACCCUUUACACCAUGAACAAGGCUUACUUAUCUCUUCCAAGGGGGUAUGCUUCUGCAGCUGGACUAAUAGCAAUGAUGACGGAUCACUAUAAUAAUCUGGAAGACAGUGACAGUGAACAAGAAACUAAUAGGCCCAUAGUCUCCCCUCGAAAGCCUCAAAAACGUGCUCGGGGAAUGAAAGAAUUAGAUAUGUCACCAGUUCCACAACUGGUGCAAUCUCAGCCAGCUGUAACAGGCUGCUUGUCACUGUUGAAGAAGAGACGCUCUGGAACCAGACCUUGGGCUGUUGGAAAAAGGACUCCUCGUGUCCCUGUUUCAUAUUCAUUGGACAAAGAUAGUGGGGAGAAGUAUAUUUCACCAAUUAGGCAAGGUUUGAAAUUCAAGACUGACGCACUGGAUGAUGAUGUUGCUCACGAAAUAGCACUAGUAUUAACGGAGGCUUCACAAAGAGCUGGUUCUCCUCAGGUCUCACAAACACCAAACAGAAAAAUAGACACGCCAUCACCUGCUCGGAAUGGUGAACAUAUGCAUACUGAAUCAGAGAUGACCAGCACCAAGUUUCGUGGUAGUGAGAUGGACGAGGAUGGCUGUGAAUUAAGCUUGGGAAGUACGGAAGCUGAUAUCGGACAUUAUACAAGAGAUAAAUGUCUCUUAAAAGGGAAGAGAUACCAGGGGAAGAAGCCUGCAUCAGAAGAGAAUGCAGACAAUCAUUUGGAUGACGUAAAAGAGGCCUGUAGUGGGACAGAGGAAGGACAGAAGCUGGGUGCUGUCAAAGGAAAAUUAGAAAUGGAGGUUGUGGGUGCAAAAUUUUCAAGGUCCAAUAAGGGUCCGAGAAAGAGAAGUAAAAAAGUUCUAUUUGGAGAAGGUGAAGCUGAUGCAUUUGACGCAUUGCAAGCUCUAGCAGACCUGUCAUUGAGGUUGCCGGAAGCACCUGUUGAUACAGAGUCAUCUGUGCAUGUUGAGGAACAAAAGACUGGAAAUGUUGCCAAAUCCAAGCUGAAAGGGAUUCGUUCAAGUUCUGGAGUUAAAGUCGCCUCCUCCAAAACAACUAAACAAGGAAAAGUUUUCCCUCAUGAUGUUAGCACUGCUCCGGAUGUAAAGGAUGGAGCUCAUCAAAUUAGUGUUGGGAUUCGGAAAAGGAGAAAGAAGUCCUCGCCAUCUAAGUUGCAGAUUUUAGAAAAUGAAGAGCUCAUUGAUUCUCAUCAGGAUGAAUCUCAUAAGGUUGAGGCUACAGAGGAUGUAAAUGACUUAAUAAAGAAAGCUAAAUGCUCUCAUGAUACUGCAUACCAAAAACAAGGAAAAUUGACGAAACCUUCAGAAUUUACUUCCAGUAUGGACCAUGGGAGGGAGUCAAAUGAUUCAGCUCCAACUUCCGUACAAGUUUUGUCUUCAAACCAAUUUAACUUACCAACUAAAGUGAGGAGUAGACGUAAGAUAAAGACACCAAAACCAUUGAUCGAUAAAGAUUCUCCAUCUCCUGAGAAUGUUGUAAUUGGCCAACACAUUAUACCCAUUCCUUCAUUCAAAGAUGGUGCACUCAGACUUAAGAAAAAGCUUUCUAGUUGUCUUUCCCGGUAUCAAGUUCGGAGAUGGUGUGUUUUUGAGUGGUUCUACAGUGCAAUUGAUUACCCAUGGUUCGCUAAAAGGGAGUUUGUGGAAUACUUGGAUCAUGUUGGCUUGGGCCACAUUCCAAGGUUAACUCGUGUUGAAUGGGGUGUCAUAAGAAGUUCCCUUGGUAAGCCACGGAGGUUUUCAGAGCAAUUUUUGAAGGAAGAGAAAGAGAAGCUUAAUCAAUACCGGGAAUCCGUUAGGAAACACUAUACUGAACUUCAUGCAGGUACCAGGGAUGGGCUUCCUACUGAUUUGGCUCGACCCUUAGCAGUUGGACAACGUAUUAUUGCUCUUCACCCAAAGACAAGGGAGAUUCAUGAUGGAAGUGUGCUGACUGUUGAUCAUAACAGGUGUCGAGUUCAGUUUGACCAGCCUGAACUAGGGGUUGAAUUUGUCAAGGAUGUUGAUUGCAUGCCUCUAAAUCCAUCAGACAAUAUGCCUGCAUCUCUUAACAGGCACAAUGUUGUUUUGAAUAAAUUUAUUGAGAACUUGAAUGAUCUCAAGAUGAAUGGGCAUCCUAUAGAAAGGAAGAUGGAAGGAUACAUAAAAUUUGCAACAUGUGAAAAUCUGGAGAAUACCGAUGGUCUUCCACAUAGUUCCCCGUCAACUCAUCACAUCAGCAAUUCAUUACAGCAUGUAAAGGGGGGUUCAGCAAAUUCUAAUACACAAGUUAAUAACGAAUCAGGUGAAACUGUUAUUGUUCAACCAACAGUAAAUGCUCAACCAUUUAUUCUUGCACACAUCCAAGCAAAGGAAGCUGAUAUCCAAGCUCUUUCUGAGUUGACUUGUGCUCUUGAUAAGAAGGAGGCUGUGGUGUCUGAGUUGAAGAGGAUGAAUGAUGAGGUGGAAAACCAAAAGGACGGAGAAAAUUCUCUCAAGGAUUCUGAACUUUUUAAGAAGCACUAUGCUGCAGUUCUUUUUCAGUUAAACGAAAUUAAUGAGCAGGUUUCUUCUGCUCUCUUUUGCUUGAGGCAACGUAACACGUAUCAAGGAAGCAGCCAACAAAUGUGGUUGAAGCCCAUGACCAGCGUAGGUGAACCAGUUGGGCACUGCAGUGUUUUUGAUUAUUCUGCAGAUGAGACUCAGGAAUCUGGAUCUCAUGUGGCUGAAAUUCUGGAAAGUUCAAGAGCAAAAGCCCAGACCAUGGUUGACGCAGCUAUGCAGGCAAUGACAUCUUUGAAAGAGGGAAGCGUUGUUGAGAAUAUUGAGGAGGCUAUUGAUUUUGUAAAUAAUCAGCUUCAAGUAAAUGAUUUAAGCUCUCCGGCCAUGCGAUCUUCAACCACUACAAAUUUGGUUCAGAGUAAUCUGGCUUCUCAGGAUCAGUCAAGUUCCUGUGCAGCAAAUGUGGGGGCAAACUAUCAUGCUCCUGAUGCUGACUCUGACCAUAUGUCUGAUCAAAAUGCAACACAAAUCCCUACAGAACUCAUUACAAAAUGUGUAGCUACUUUGCUCAUGAUUCAGAAAUGUACAGAACGACAGUUUCCCCCGAGUGAGGUUGCUGAGGCACUGGAUUCUGCAGUUACGAGCUUGAAGCCAUGUUGUUCACAGAAUCUUCCAAUAUAUGCAGAUAUUCAGAAAUACAUGGGGAUUAUUAGGAACCAGAUAUUGGCACUCAUACCUACGUAGCCCGUAAUGAUUGCUUUUCUUAGUUUCUUCCCUCUGGAAAAGAGAAAGAAUUGUACAAUAUCUGAUUAUGGCAAUCAGAAAUGUAUUUCCCUCGAUUCCUUUUUUCCUGUUUCAUGUUUGGUAAUCUUAAACAGGAAUCUGUACAUGUAUCAAAGUACCUGUAGUUGGUUCCACGGCUGUUAUUAAUACAAGAAUCAGCCUCUAUCAUUCUUUGAGACCUUGAUAACCA